UUGUGCCUGCCGACUGACUCGCCUCUCCCUUACAGCACUCCCAUCCACGGUAAAGACGAGCUUUUUGCGGAAGAAAAACGCUUUUUAUAUACAUGCUGUAGCUGGAGAAUAGACGCAGCUGUGUUCUUUCUGUAUUUUCUCCUGUGCUUUCCUCUCGUCACUGAAUGAAAGAGGGAGGCUGAGAGAGAGAGAGAGAGAGGGAGAGACGGGGCAGGUUCUGGGGUGAUCUGUCAAUGUGAUUAGGUAAACGUCGUUGAAGCGCAUGCAUUCACUUGUAUUUCUUUACAAACAGGAGAAGUAGACCUGUCUCUUCUGCACUGCAACGGUCGGUUCCAACUGAGCCAUCCAGACUUUGGUGCCUUUACAGGAAAACUGCUAACUUUCUACGUUUAAAAAAUUACUAAAAAGAUCGGAUUGCAUUUUUUCCUUCAAACAUUUUUGAGGUGAUGUCAUCGCGCUCUGUUUUGGCUGGUAUUGUGCCGGAGCUCAGGGAGGACCGCAGCCAGGCAACCAGCGGUUGAAACCGCCGGGAAAGUCCGAGAAAUCAGGUGCAGAGAGCGCCUGUCAUUUCCGUGCUGUCGCGGGUGGCUGGGUCCGCCACCCAGUCACAGCUGUUCCCAUCCUCUCAAACUCCCCCUCCCUCCAUCCCUACCUCUAUCUCCCUCCCCUCCUCCCUUUCAUUCAACUCUCUCCAUCUCCAUCUGAGCUGGACCGCUACGGGCUCUUAACCACAUUAUUUGACACUGUUGUUCGGUGUCCCCGGGGGCAGAGAAUUCGUGACCCAUCGUGGGGUCGCAGCCAUGACCGAGCCCGCCCUGCAGCACCCGGCGCCCGCAGAAGCCCCUUCUUCACGCCGCCCUCGCCUCCAGCCCGUCCAGGUACCCCGCCUCCCGCAGCGCCUGGCAUUGCCUCGCAGGGACUAGAGAACUUGGGCGUGCUCCAGCCUGCGUCCAGACUACCACUCCUCCUUUCACCAUCCCUCAUUCUGCGUCUCAUCUCUUCAAAUCCGUCUCUAAUGUGGACUUUUCUCAGAAUAAAGUUAUUGACCUAGUAUAAGCUUUAUUGUCGCACUAAAACACCAAUACGAACGUGGAUUACGCAUAAGAUUACCGGGAGAAAACAUCGUCACUAAAUCACAUUGGAGUGAUUUUGACUGACAUUAGUUUCUUUAUUGAUACGUAGCAGGUGAGUCGAUUGGAGUUUAGCCUUUAUGAGUCGUGAACGCGCUUUCACCUGUUCCUCUCCAGCCCGGAGGUGCGCAACUGUUUGAUGACCUAACCUCCCCCCCGCGCCCCGCCCCUCCCCGUUGCACCGGCCACCGUGACAGCCAAGAGAGGUAGCCCUCCAGUCACAGUGGCACGGCCACCCCCACCCCACAACCCGCCCUGCCCGUGCCCUCACACCCGCGCCGCCGAUGCCAAAUGACUCUUUGACCCUCCACUCCGUCCAGCGGAUUAUAAACACACAAGUGAACUCUCCGGACUGUCGGACCGGCUCUGACCGAGCGAGGCGAUUGACUCUGGGCGAAGUUCCCUAGUGGAGGGGGGAAGCGAUGCGGUCCCUUCUCUCCACGCUGGCUGUCUUAUGUAUCCAGAUGUUGCUGGUGAUGUGCAAUCCAUUGCAGCAGGUGUUUGGCGUGGAUGGGGUUAACUUCAGCGUGCACGUGGAGAACCAGACCCGGGUGAGAGACGCUAUGAGCCGGCGGCACCACCGGGUCUACCAGCUCUACAGCCGCACCAGCGGCAAACACGUCCAGGUGCUGGGGAGACGCAUCAGUGCCCGCGGAGAGGACGGAGACAAAUAUGCCCAGCUUGUAGUGGAGGCCGACACCUUUGGUAGCCAGGUGAGAAUCCGUGGCAAAGAAACCAACUUCUACCUGUGCAUGAACCGCCGCGGCAAGCUGGUGGGAAAGAAGGCCAGUAAUAAAAGUGAAGACUGCGUGUUCGUGGAGAAGGUUCUAGAGAACCACUACACCGCAUUGAUGUCAUCCCGCUACGCAGGCUGGUACGUUGGCUUCACCAAGCGGGGGCGACCUCGCCGCGGCCCCCACACGCUGCCCAACCAGCAGGACGUCCACUUCAUGAAGCGCUUCCCGCCCGGGGAGUACCCUGAAACCACGCCCUUCCGCUUCACAACGGUCAACAAGAGGAGCAAGAGGGUCCGUGCCACCGGGCCCCGCUAGCAGCUAACGCUAAUGGCUACCCUCCAUCUGCUGCCCAUUGCCACCUGUACCUGCUUAUUCAGUAAUCGCUAACGGGAUAACAUUGACCCUUCCUCUGGACUUUAAUACAUGCUAAUUGGCUAACCUGAAGCUGAUCGAUAGUGGGCCAGAGAUACACCCAGACUCCUGACCCCACCUAACGCUUCCUGCUACUGGGAUAACAUGUACCCUCCUCUGGACCCUGAUUGGUAGUUUUACUAACUGUGCUAGUGCCACAGUACAUCCACUAACGUGACCCUUGACCCUGCUAAGCCAUCACUGCCCCAGGCUCCACGAUCUCUGUCCAUUGACUGAAGGCCACUAGCUUAUAACCCUGCUAUCACAACUAGCCCAUCAACCUGGCCCACUCCCCUGCCAGGCCCAGAAACUAUGACAAGGCCCCUGAAAGCUAGCUAAACUGAUGACCAGGCUUUCCAACUUGUGUAGGCCUUGUUUCCUCUCCAACCUCCAAGCUUGAACGUAAUGGGCUAUUGCACUGUCCCUGGCCAGUUCAUCUCUAGUUUAGAAUGGACAAACAAAAACCGGCCACUUUUCUGGUUUAUCAAGCAGCCAUGCUUUAAGGUAAACACUAUUGCUCUGCUAAACAAGAAUGAGUUCAGUCUAUUCUCGAAACUGCGGGUUUAAACUCCUUUUGAGGGCUAAAAUGUAGCUAAGCUAGCUACACUGUGAUAGCCCCAACCUUACUCACAGGCUUGGACCAGUACAGCUAUCUGACGCUGUCCAGGACUCACUGGAUGAUACCCACUAAUGGACCAAAAGACAGAGACAGGAGAGACAGACAGAUGGACAGACUGAAAGUCUAUGAGACAGUGGCGUCAUGAGAGAAACUGUGGAGCAACAGGUGGACAAACAGCACAAGGAACACAGGAAGUCAGUGGAGUGGGGAUCAAGCCACAGUCAGGGACUAGACAGAAUGGCACUGUGGAAAAAUGGACAGACUGCUUUGACGCACUUCUCUCUGUCUCACCCCCGCCUUAGUGAGAAGAAUCUGUCAGACUUGGGGUGAAUGAAUGUGAAUGUAUGUACAGUAUGUGAGUGUAAGGGCACCAAAGACCAUUUGGGGGGAAUCUGGAAAGGGACUAGAGGCCUAAAUUAUCCCUAGGCAACCUCCCCCAGCAACUCACUGAUGUGACGGAAGCUUUAAGAACUGGAAUGUACAAACCAAGCUGAACCAAAAACAAACCAAAUCUAAUGACCACCAAAGACAACUGGAGACCAGCACCAUGACACCUCCCCAAUUCCCACUGCCAGGACAGAACACCCUCUUCUUAUAGGCUCAGAGGGUGAUGACGGGCGCGUGGUGGAAGGGUGCCUUCUCUUCAUAUAUGCGUUGCUAUAGAAACGACCCAGGGGAUGACGCUCCUGUGCGAUACCAUGGAUACAGAAUGCUGCUACCAGGACAUUCAGUGAAACACCAAAGUCUUAUACACAAAAUAUAAAGGGAACAAUUUAUUAAAAGUUAUAUAAAGAUGACAAAAAAAACAAAA